CAUCGGGAGGCCGGGCCCGGAGGGACAGUCCCGGCCGAGGCGGGGGAGGUGAGUGGGCCUCGUCCUCCGUCCUAGAACUGACCGAUCGACCUCCCUCUUCCCCCCCCCCCCUCCGUCCUUCCGCAGCCUGCAGGGCCGCCUGCCCGAGCCGGGCCCUCCCUUUCCCCCUGCUCCCCACCCUCUGCGCCUCCUCCUUCCCCUCCCCACUCUGCUCCUCCGUCUAUAUUAUUUAUCACCCUAUUCAUUUGGUUCAUGAGGCGUCUGUAUCCACGAUUCUCUUGAACUUGAUGAUGUUGUGUUGUUCUGCUGUCUUUUCUCUCUGCUGUCUGUGUGUGCGUCCCUCCCCCCCGCCCCGUUUAGGCAGGGAUGGUCUCUCCCCGUUGCCCAAUUGUCCAUUCCAAGCGCAUAGUCGAGGGCGCUGCACUUACUAAGCGCUCAGGAAAACCGAUUGGAUCCCCGUCCCCCGGGCAAGCAUGACGGCUUCACACCUCGGCGUGGCCGCAGAUUUGGGCCCCUUGGUGCGGCGCCUGUGGCGGCAGGAAGGGGCCCCGGCGGGCGGCGGGGCCGAGGAGGAGGAGGAGGAGGAGGCCCAGGACCAGGCCCUGGAGCAGGAGCAGGACCAGGAGCAGGCCCAGGCCGAGGCCUUCCGCCGCCGCUUCAGACAAUUCCGCUACCAGGAGGCCGCCGACCCCCGGGACGCCCUGGAGCGGCUCCGGGAACUUUGCAGCGGCUGGUUGAGGCCGCAGAGGCGCACCAAGGAGCAGAUCCUGGAGUCGCUGGUGCUGGAGCAGCUCCUGACCGUCCUGCCUGAGGAGAUCCAGACCUGGGUGCGAGAGCAGCACCCCCAGAGCGGAGAGGAGGCGGUGACCCUGGUGGAGGAUUUGCACAGGAAGCCGUGGAGACCGAGGCACUGGGUCACGGUCCGUGUGCAGGGCCAGGAAGUGCUCUCGGAGGAGAUGGCACCCAGGGGAGUAGACCGGGAGUCGGUGAGAUUCCAGCUGAAGGGAGCAGAUGCCCGGCUGGAGGGGACGUCCCAGAGGAAGAAGAAGGGGCAGAGUCCACGUGUGGAACCAUCAGAACCGCAGUACCGCGGCCCCCAGCAGCCCCUCCUUCUGCAGGGGACUGCUCCGCCUUCUCCUCCUCCUCCUCAGCUUCCAGCUCUCUCUGAGGAAGCAAGUUCCAGGGACCGGGGUGUGACACCAACACUUCUCACUCCCAGGUGUCAGAAAUCGUUACCACUGAAGGAUCCGGCUUUCUCCUUCUCUAAGGAAGACUGGGAGCACCGAGACCCUGCCCAGGGGACCAGAAACAGAGACAUCAAGAAGGAAAAUUGUGGAGUCCGGGUUUCAGUGGGAGAGUUUCCAGUCCCUAAAUCCAAUGUGAUCUCGGUGCGGGAACGAGGGGAAGACACAUGGAUCCCGGAUCUCCGGGGCUUCCAGGGACAGGAGCUCCUAAACUGCUCCAGAGCAGGUGAGGAGCGAGUGCAAGAUGAGAGGAUCCCAGCAAGGAGGGAACGGAAAAACGGGAGCUGCCAGGAGGGAAGAAAUUUUGCUGGUGUGAACUGGGGUUAUGAGGAAACCCUAACUUUCCUUAAUAUUCUCCGCAAGACCCAGUCUUACGAGAAACUCCGAACCUUUCCACGUAACAGCCAAGUGUAUGUGUCCGUGGCUGAACAACUGCGGGAUUACGGCUUCCUCCGUUCGCCAGAGCAGUGCCGAACCAAGUUCAAAGGCCUCCGGGCCAGCUACCGCAAAGUGCAGAAUGGCCACCCGUCUGAUUCCUGCGCCUUCUACGAAGAGAUGGAUGCCUUGCUGAACUCCGAAGCUGCUGUGCCCACCCCUGGAAGUCUGAUGGCAGCAGCAGCACCUCCCCUGCGACAAAGAGGGGCUGAGACUGUAGGGCAGGGGAACAGAGGCUGGGAGCAGAUAAAGGCUGAAGAAGAAGUCGAGUUGGACGAUUCUGAUGGAAAUGAAACGGGAGGUGAACAGCUAUAUCAGGAGUCCAGGAGCCCCAGCCCUCCAGCGCUGUCCCCAAACCGCCCUGGUGUGCACUGGAGUUAUGAGGAAACCAAGACCCUCCUCACCAUUCUCAUCGAGUCCCAGGUUUUUAAAACACCGCGGACCAGUCAGCGGAACAGCCAAGUGUACGGGCCCGUGGCGGAGCGCCUCCAGAGAUGUGGUUUCCUCCGGACCCCGGAGCAGUGUCGGACCAAGUUCAAAGGUCUCCAGGCCAGCUACCGCAAAGUAAGGAGAGGCCGGGUGACAGACACGUGUGUCUUCUACAAGGAGAUGGAUGUCCUGAUGAGAGCCCAGGCUGCUGCCCGCCCCGCUGAAAUCCUAGAGGCAGGGGUGGCUUGGCCCAGAAAGAGGGGGAGUCUUGCCGAGACUCCAGAACAGGGGGGCCGGGCCUAUGAAGGACUUGCAGAAGUGUCCAUGACAGAGGACUUUGGUGCUGAGGAAGUGGAGGUCAAGAAGUUAACUCAGAGACCUGGAAACCACAGUGCCCCGACUCUGUCCCCAAACCACACUGGUUUGGAAAUGGGGAAUGAGAAAAACUCCAAAUGGAAGAUGCCUGAGAAUCUGGAACUGUUUAGGUUGAUGUCUGGAAGAUCUGAACGGGUUGGGCCCCGCUGUCAUAAUCAAGAAAAAGGGCCCGAGGGAGAAUAUAGAGCAGGAACACAGUGUGGGGUAAGCGCUGGACAGAGACUGAAAGAAAUGGCUGCUCAGGAGAAGGAUGUAGGAAAAGUUAAAGGUCGCCAGAGACGCAACAUGGAAGAGAAACCUUACAUGAAUUCCAACUCUGUAAAAAGCUUCACUCUGAAUUCCCACCUCAUCCCUUCUCAGCCUUAUCUCCAGCCUGAGGCUCCCCACAAGUGUAGUGAAUGUGGAAAAUGCUUCAGUGGAGGGGCCCGGCUUAUGAGGCACUGGAGAAUCCACACAGGGGAAAAGCCUUAUAAAUGUCUCGACUGCGGCAAGUGCUUCAGCAACAGCUCGAACGUCGUUGCCCACCGCCGCAUCCACACAGGAGAGAAACCCUACAAGUGUGGAGAAUGUGGGAAGUGUUUCAAUCAGAGCUCCAGCCUUGUGGUGCACCAGAGAACCCACACGGGAGAGAAACCCUACAAAUGUGAGGAGUGUGGGAAGCGAUUCAACAAUAGCUCGUACUUUUGUGCCCAUCAGCGUAUCCACACAGGAGAGAAACCCUACCACUGUGGGGAGUGUGGGAAAAGCUUUAAUAACAGCUCCCACUUUAGUGCACACCACAGAACCCACACAGGAGAGAAGCCCUACGAGUGUCCCGAAUGUGGGAAAAGAUUCAGUAAGCGUUCAACACUUACUAAACACGGGAGAGUGCACAUGAAGGAAAAGGUUCUGAAGCAACCGAAAUCUAAUUAGUCACCAGAAUCAUAGCAGGGUUGAGACAUUACCUUCCCAUCAGAACUUGCCCCCAUACCUCGUCAAUUAGCCGUCUGAUUUAGAAACUGUACUUCGUAAGUUUCCCUCUCCAGCCCGUCCAACUCCUGGCCCCUUCUCCUCUUGAAGCUGAAAGAAGAAAAGCCCUUUGACGCACUGAACCUAUCUAUGCCUCACUUUCCUCCACUCCCUUCUCAGUAAAAUAAGAUGUCCCAAAUUUUGACUUACUUUAAAACAAAUCACUGAGGCAUUUUAGCUUUCAGGGUCCCUGUUUUUUUAAUAGCUAUCCUUCACAUCUUGGCCAGUACCUUAGAGUCAAUCAAUGAAAUGUACUUAUAGAGUGCUUGCUGAGUGCAGAGCACUGUACUAAGCGCUUGGGAGAGUACAAUAUAAUAGAAUUGGUAGACACGUUCCCUACCCGCAGUGAGUUUAUAGUCUAGAGAGGGAAGACAGACAUUAAGUAAAUUAUGGAUAUGUACAGUAGGGCUCUGGGAAAGGUGAAUAAAGGGUGGAAGUCAAAGUGCAAGGCCUGAUGUCUCCAACCAAACUGAGCAGGUCGGAGUGGCUCAUUUCCUGGAGCAAAGUGCUGCUGGUAUUCCUGUCCCUUUUGCCUGUUCUCGGGACCAAGUCCUUUACAUAUAUACUUUUUGGGGGGCCCUUCGAGCCAGCACUGGAGGCCGAUUCGCCUGACUUUAGGGGAGAUAUACCAGAAAAUAUUGAAAUUUAAAGUGGGGAGCAGCAAGCAGAGUUCCAAGAGAGUGGGUCUUGAUGCUGAGGAAGUAGCCCAGUUGGAGGGUGGACCAGGAAAAGAGUCAUCAAGUGGGAAGCCCUGUGAUGAAAUCAAUGGUAUUAUUAAUUGAUGUGUUGAAUAGGAUAUGGUGAGAUGGGAAGCAACAUGACCUAGUGAAAAAGAUGUGGUCCUGGGAGUUAGAGGACCUGGGUUCUGAUCCCAGC